UUGAGUGUCGCCACCUCGGGACUCCAUUUUGAGGAGGCAGCAGUGAGCUAAAGAACCAAACCCGUCACACUCACCGUCUUUCCCUACUAGUCGAAGCCCUGAACGCUAGCACGACCCGAAGACAGUUCGCCGACCAAGUUACUAUCCGAAAGGAAAGCCAAUCUUAUCGUAUGUCCGCUAUUCAGAACCUCCAAACUUUUGACCCCUUUGCUGAUGCAACUAAGGGUGAUGACUGCCUCCCAACUGGGAAAGAAGACUACAUCCACAUAAGAAUUCAACAGCGGAACGGCAGGAAGACGCUCACUACUGUCCAGGGCAUUUCUGCCGAGUAUGACAAGAAGAAGCUAGUCAAGGCCUUCAAAAAGAAGUUCGCUUGCAAUGGGACGGUGAUUGAGCACCCAGAGUAUGGUGAAGUGAUCCAACUUCAGGGAGAUCAGCGCAAGAACAUCUGCCAGUUUCUCAUGGAGAUUGACUUGGCUAAGGAGGAGCAGCUCAAAGUCCACGGCUUUUAACCGGUGACAACACCCCAUCCCCCGGACCCUCUCCUGGCUCUGCCCCUAUGUUCUGCUGUUGCUCUCCCUUCAGCUCCCCCCUUGCUAGUCCACCCCACCGGCUGUGAGCAGCUAAGGUGUUGUAACAUGGGACUGUGUACCGCUGCCGCCCUCCGCCACCUGGGGGCGGGCUCGUUGCGGUGGCGUAGACUCACCCCGCGCAACAUCUGCGACCGAUGGUGACCACGUUUACGCCAGCUUCCUCCUGCCCUGGGCUUUUUCCAUUUUGAAUUUUUUCCCCUUUUUAGGUUUCUGUGCCACAAUGAGGAGGCACUGUUCAUGUAACUUUUUUUGUUUUGUACUUAAAGUUGUUUCAAUAAAAUGAUGCGUCUCCAGAUCCA